AUGGCCCAAAACGCUCCAGACGAAUCACUUGCGCUGCUCACCCGCUUGAGCCAGAAGCCCGGCGUGCAGAGCACUCUCAUAUUGUCGCGCGAAAAUGGCACCAUAAUACGCACCUCCGGCCUCAUCUCGAAAAGCUCGUCGGCAAAUCCAAACAGCACCCUGCCUGCUUCUGGAGAAGCUGCGUCGGAAAACUACGCCAAUGGCAGGAAGGACAGCGGUAUACAUAGCGCGGAAGAUGUUGCGAGCUCGGUAUGGUCCUUCCUGGCCGCGGCAGGAACGCUUGUCGACGAGUUGGAUAAGGAGGACGAAGUCAAGCUACUGCGAUUACGGACCAAGAAGACUGAGCUAGUCAUUGUACCGGAUCCCAAGUUCAUUCUCGUCCUUAUCCACGACACCCCUCCUGUCUAG